CUCAAACCGGCUAGCUCACCGUCCCAGGAAUAAUUGAAAAUGUAACGUCAAAAAAUUAAACCAAAAUGCCAAGCAGCUAAUUUUAGAAUUAAAAAAAAAAAAAAAAGGGGGUGGGGUGGGGGUGUUUAAUAGCGUUCAUAGAUCAGUGGUAAUUUAUUCCUAAUCAGCAUUUUACAGAGUUUUAUAACGAAUAAUGAGUUCCUCGGUUUCUCUCAACCCUCCGCCGUCUGUGCCGAGCAUCCCACCUCCUCCUCCGCCACCGCCGCCUGAUAUUCUUGCAACUCCUCCUGAUCCUCCCAACCCAGUCGAUCAACCCCUCGGAGAUAUACCCCCGCCUAAAUCGUUUCGAGACACCCUUAUUACUGGUAAUUCAUCUGUCACUCCGCCUCUGGUGACAUACGAAGAGCUAGUUGCUGCAAAUCCUGAGUCUCCGAUGAUAGAUGAUGGAGCAGAACCGUCGCAAACAAAGGUCCCUAAAGUCAGGAUUCCCAAAUCUAUUUGGCAGCGGCUAUGUGCCCCAUGGAAGAACGCAGUAAUAAUCAAGCUUUUGGGAAAAUCCAUCAAUUUCCAUGUUCUCCAUUCCAGAUUACUCAAAGAAUGGCGAACGGAGCAUGAGUUUGAGGUUAUUGAUGUGGGUAUGGGCUACUUUAUAGUGCGUUUUGUUACACCAGAAGAUUGCUCUCGAGUUUUGACAGGAGGUCCUUAUAGAUUUUUUGAUCACUACUUGGCUGUGCAGCCAUGGGAGCCAAGUUUUCACCCAGCUACAGCAAAAGCCCCCAAAACUGCUGUGUGGGUUAAGUUUCAUGGUGUGCCCAGUAUGUGCUAUCAGGAGGCCAUUGUGCUAUAUCUUGCUAGCAAACUCGGCAAGCCAAUUAAGGUGGACAGCGUCACUCUGUUAGGGACCAGAGAGAAGUUUGCUCGUGUCUGCGUUGAAGUGGAUCUCAGUCAAAAAUUGCCAUCCUCAGUGGACUUAGAUUUGGAGGAUUUGCCUCAAAUUCCCAUCCCAGUUGAAUAUGAAAGUCUACAUAAGAUCUGCUUCCACUGUGGUGAGUUUGGGCACACGGAGGACUCCUGCCGUUACAAGAAUCCUGAGAAGUCAGCAAUUGUUGGAAACCCAAGCACUCGAGCCAUGACAGAGCUCACUCAAGCUUUAAAGCCAGAAAUGGUGGAGAAUAAUAUGGUUUUUGGCCCAUGGAUGGUGCAGCAGCGUAAGUCACGGCGACGAAGUCAGGCUAAUUUCAGCCAGUCUCAGGCUACUAACAAAAGCCACAUUCGACCACCGGAGGUCCCAACCGUUACGGAAGCAGGAAUCUCGGCAAAAACUAUGGCAGUUACUAAACGUGAUAGGCGUUAUGGGGAAUCUAAUUCGCAGCAAAACCGGUUUGAGGUAUUUGCAGAGGUGAUGGAUAAGGAAACGGAUCUUUUACAUGCCCUUAAUGGUCCGCAUGUUUUGGCAGGAGAAUCUUCGAAAGCAAACGAGGUCGUGGCGCCCAUGGACGCAACUCCCACCCAAAUUCCUGAGACACAUAAAACUACACAAACCCAAAACGGUUCCCAUCAGACAGUGGGACCAACUCCUCCUCCAGCUCCGUCAACGAUGUUUGUCAAGCCCAACGCCAAACCUUCCAAGAGGAAGGGUAAGACUUUAGGCCCAAUACCUAAAGACACCAAAAUCUCCACUCAAAAACCUUAUGAAUUGCCUCCCGCACUCAAGAAACAUCUACCUCACACGACUCAGAUGCUGCCUUCAAUCCAACCAAUCGUACAAAGCUCGUCAGGGGAUUCUGUCUCCUUGAUCGCUCAUCCAUCCAUGCCUCCACCACUUAUGCCAUAUCACUACUCCACAGGAGCCCUCCCUCUCGCCGCAGCAUGUCGGUCAAGUGCACAUUCUGGCUGUUUCUCCAACCACAGCCGCCCCAUCCUCAACCUCUUCCCAAUGAAAGUUGUCACUUGGAACAGCAGAGGGGUCAAGAAUGGCCCUUUUCGAAGAGAAUGCAAAGAGCUCAUUAAGAUGCAGCGUCCUGAUAUAAUUUGUUUUCUUGAGACUAAAGCGGAUUCAUCGACAACUGCUCUAAAUUUCAUGAGGCGUUUUGGUUUUGAUAGGGACCAUCAGGUUUUCUCACAAGGCAUGGCUGGUGGUAUUUGGUUAUUUUGGCGCUCAUCUACAGUGUGCUUGGAUGUUUUACAUAGUUCUUCCCAACUUAUUCAUUGUAUUGUCUCUCAACAGCAAGUAACUUGUUUGCUUACUUUUGUCUAUGUUCAGCCGCAUGUUACUCAAAAAGACAUAUUCUGGUGUCAGUUAAGGGAGAUCGCCUCACAAAUUACCGAAAAUUGGAUAGUGAUGGGUGACUUCAAUGAUAUUCUAUCAAUUGACGAAGCUUCUCCUUGUGCAAUAAGGAGCUUUGCUCAUACCCAACGAUUUCGAGACAGAGUUUCAAGUUGUGGCUUACACUCCACUGAUUCACUGGGUUGCAAGUUCACUUGGGUUCGUAAACAACAUGGCAGAGUACUAUUGCGGGAAAGGUUGGAUAGAGCACUUUUCAAUCUUUUAGCCCUUGAAUCUUUUGCGGAUGCUAAGGUGAUUAAUCUCCCACGGAUAUGCAGCGACCAUCAUCCAGUCCUACUUUGCUUGGAUUCUCCCCCCUUAUUAUGUAAGGCAUCUAAACCCUUACGUUUUGAAGCUGCUUGGUUAACCCAUGAUGAUUUUGGUCAGGUUUUUACAAAUGCUUGGGUUGCACAUGGAUCCUCAAUUGUAAAUGCCAUAAAUUCUGUGCAAAAGAAAUGUCUGCAAUGGAAUAAGGAGGUGUUUGGUGAUCUCUUUCGCAGGAAAAGGCAUUUAAAGGGUCGUCUGGCGGGUAUCCAAAAUUCUAUUCAUUAUCCUUCUUCUAGAUUCUUGCAGAAUUUGGAGUAUGAGUUACUAAUAGAGUACCAUCGUGUUCUUCAUUCGGAAGAGCUAUUUUGGUGUCAAAAGUCACGUGUGGAAUGGAUUGCUUCAGGUGACAGAAACACUAGCUUCUAUCAUGCAACCACUGUAAUUCAGAGGAGUCGAAAUAGAAUUUCGGUCUUGAAAAUUGACGAAAGCUGGGUACAAGAUCCUUCUAUUUUACAACAACACAUUCGAGAUUUCUUUGUAGAGGUUUUCUCGAGGAAGCCUACUCAGUCUUCUCAUUUGGAUUAUUCUGCUUUUCAACCGAGGCUGUCCGACGAGGAGAGUGUUGCUCUUUUAUUGCCUGUGUCCCUAGAUGAAGUUCGAUCUGCACUCUUCUCUAUGAAAGCCCUUAAAAGCCCGGGUCCCGAUGGUAUUCAACCUAUCUUUUACCAAAAGCAUUGGGAGGUAGUUUCUGAUACUUUGCUGACUUUCAUCAAUCGUUCUCUCUUAGAUGGCUACUUUGAACUUUCGUUGCUUCGGGCUUACAUAGUUCUCAUACCGAAGGGUGAAAAUGCUGAUGUUAUUCAAAAAUUUCGUCCUAUUUGUUUAUUGAAUGUGGCUUAUAAGGUGCUUGCCAAGGUUAUUGUGAACAGAUUAAGGCCCUUAUUACAACACUUAAUUGGGCCUUUUCAAAGUAGUUUUCUUCCAGGAAGAAGCACUGCAGAUAAUAUCCUCCUCACUCAGGAAGCUGUCCAUUCAAUGUGUAGGUCAAGAGGUAAAAAGGGUGCUCUUGCAUUCAAAAUUGAUCUUCAUAAGGCCUUUGAUAGUGUUGAUUGGGAUUUCCUCCAUUUAGUUCUGGAAGAUUUUAAUUUACCAACUCCCCUCAUCCGAUUGAUUAUGUUCUCAGUAUCCUCUUUACAACUAAGUGUUCUCUGGAAUGGGGAAGAGUUACCUCCCUUUCAACCACAGCGAGGAUUACGCCAAGGUGACCCUCUAUCCCCCUAUCUUUUUAUUAUGGUCAUGGAGAAGCUCUCUCACAAAAUUCAAAGCCGCGUGCAAUCCCCGAUAUGGCGACCAUUCAAAAUCUCUAGAGGAGGAUUAGAGCUUUCACAUCUCUUUUUUGCCGAUGAUCUCAUGCUUUUUUGUACAGCAACUCAAAAUCAAGUGGAAGUGGUCAUGGACUGUAUAAGAGAAUUCUCAAUGGAAUCUGGGUUAGACAUUAAUUUAGCUAAAUCUAAGCUUUAUGUCUCGCAGAAUAUACAAAGGCAUAUAGCAACGUCUCUCAGUAAUGCUUGUGGAAUUCCUUUAACAAGUGAUAUGGGAAUGUACUUGGGAGUUCGCAUUUUACAUGGAAGGCAAACAAAAGAUACUUAUAAGCACUUACUUGAGAAAAUCCAAGUAAAGCUAUCCAGCUGGAAACAGAAAAUGUUGAGCAUAGCAGGGAGAAGGAUCCUGGUUCAAACAGUUACCUCUGCAAUACCUACAUACACAAUGCAGUCAAUACUUCUUCCAGAUUAUGUUUGUGCAGCUAUUGAUCGAUUGAAUAGGAAUUUUCUUUGGGGGUCCGAUGUGGCAAAUAGACCCCAUCUUGUUAAUUGGCACUCUGUUUGCUUACCCAGAACUCAAGGGGGUCUUGGGAUACGUUCGGCUAAGGAUAAUAAUCGGGCUUUAAUAGCAAAGCUUGGUUGGCAAUUGCUAUCUAACCCGGAGAAGCCAUGGUGCAGGGCUUUUAUUCAAAAAUACCUUCAGCGUGGAAGUUUCAUGUCCUGCAACAUCAACUCAACCUCCUCUGUUACGUGGAAGAGUAUUUUACGGUGUAGAGAUGUCUUACGGCUAGGCCUUCGGUGGAGAGUUGGUAGUGGGGAAAAGAUCAAAUUCUGGCAGGAUGCUUGGGUCAGCGACAGGCCUUUGUUGGAUGCUGCUUUAAUUCCAGUGCUCGAAGACCAGAUUGAUAUUCCUGUUUCUCAUGUAAUUAAUCCAGAUAGGACUUGGGAUUUUCAGGUACUGCAGCAACUUCUCCCAGAGUUGGUGGUUGAACAAAUCUCGGCUUUACCAUUACCAUCUUUCGGACAUCAAGAGGAUGGAAUAUGCGAACAAGAUCAGGAGACUCCAUUGCAUCUACUAAGAGAUUGCUAUUAUUCCCGGCUGGUAUGGGAAUCUACACCUUUGCCAGCAAACUUCUUUAACUUGGACUUAGAUGGCUGGCUUUACCAAAAUGCAACUUCCACUUCUUCAAUUGGAGAGUCUCGUCAGCUGUGGUCCAUGUUGUUCCUAGCCCUCCUUUGGUACAUCUGGAAAAGUAGAAAUGCUUUGAUCUUUGAAGACAAGCGGCUUCCACCCCAAAUUGUGCUUCAACAGGCGACUUCCUUAGCUAUGAACACCAGAUUAGCACUGGCUACACAGAUUUCAAGCUGUCCUCGAGUCUCUCGUUGGGUACGAUGGUACCCUCCCGAUCUUCCUUUCUUUAAGCUAAAUACAGAUGGAGCCAUGAAUCAUGCUACAACGAAAGCGAGUGCUGGGGGAUUGAUUCGUGAUCAUGAAGGUCGUUGGGUCCAUGGUUUUUCUUUGAGCAUUGGGCAUCAAUCCAGUUUUAUGGCAGAGCUCUCGGGGUGUAGAGAGGGUUUGCGCAUGGCAUCUGAUCUCGGAAUCACCCAUUUGAUCCUGGAAAUGGAUUCUCUCCUAGUGGUUCACAUGCUGCAGGCAAAGGAAGGGGUGGAAGGCUUAGCUUGGACCCUAUUUUCUGACAUUCUCCAUCUUCUAAGAACGUUUUCUGAGUAUCAUGUGCAGCAUACUUUUAGGGAGGGUAACUUUGCAGCAGAUUAUAUGGCUGCUAUUGGCCAAAACCUCUCUCAUGGUGUCACUAUGUUUCCAGAGCCUCCGGUCGGAAUUGCCAGCAUUCUUAAUAGGGAUGCCGUAGGGACGUUGUUCCCUCGGUCUUAGUUUUUCUGCUUUGUUUUAUCAACUCUUAUGUACCAAAAAAAAAAAAAUUUAAUCCACAUAAGUAUGCCACCUCAUCACAUUAAUAACUUAUUUAUUAUGUU